AUGGCGCAUUUCAUAGAUAAUCUUAGACAGUUCUUUGAAGAGUUUUUAAGGUGUAUUGGGGAAGCAAUUGCGGGGAUGAGUUCAGAAUACGAACCAAAUCGUGUGGACAGCCUGUUAUACAGGCUAUCGGAAUUUGAAACCACACUUGGAUUAAUUUCAAGUCGUGUUGGAGAAUAUGACACUAAUGACAGCGUUGAUCAGUUGUUGGAAGACCUGGAACGGCUCUUAGCCACUGUGCGUCUUCUAAAAACCAGAUAUCAAGAUAGGCAUGUUGAAUCGAACACCUCUUCCGAUAUCGAAUCGCCACACCGCAGUUGUCCUGUUCAUUAUUUAGGGCACGCUUGUCGUCCACGGCUUGUUGUUGACAAAGUUGUUGUUCAGCAACUGCCUGAAGAAUCCAUGAAAUGGGUAGACAUUGCAAGAAUUCUUGGAAUUUCCCCCAAGACUUUGAUUCGUCGACGCAGGGAAUUUGAAAUGCCCAUUGGUGCUGAUGCCUUCACAUGUCUUGAAGAUGGUAAUUUAGACGGACAUGUACGAGAAAUUUUGCGAAUAAAUCCUGAAGCAGGUACCGUAUAUUUUAAUAUGUGUAACACAACCCCAGGGACGCCAGAAAGGGAGGGCGCAUCGCCCACCUCCCCCCCCCUUGUACUUUAGUAAGGGGGGCAGGGCGAAAUUGCCCUUAGAUAAAAAUUCUAACCCAAAAAAUAUGAGGUACAACGAUUAAAAAGUAUGAAUUACGGGUGAAAUGGACGUCAUAUUGAUAUAUACGUGAAAUUUUCUGGAAUAUUGUGUCAAAAAUUAGGUUAACUUUUAAAACUUUUUUGCCCUUGUUUUUUCCGGAAUAUUUUUUGCCCUAGUUUUGGUGAAUUAAAUUUUUAUUUAAAAAAUUUUUCGUAAACGAAAUAUUAGUUUGUGAUUGGCCUUACGUCAACAUUGCCCCCCUGUGCCCUACCCUCGCUCCUGUGUCCCUGCAUAAUCCUAUAUAAAGUAGCAUGAAAUUAACAUCCCUGUCUAAUAACGCUCGAUUUGCAUGCUUCUCUCUAAAAGUACGAAAACGUAAUACCGAGAUGAUUAUUAGAUAAUGUACAAUAUGACAGAACUUGUCAAUAUAGGUCACUCGAUCGCUUGUGCUUUUCCUAGGACUUCGUCUAGUUGAAGGGGGGGCUCAGAGCAAAGAAAUUAAAGAUUCAACAGAAUCGUGUUCGGGAAUCUAUUGCACGAGUUAAUCCUGUUCUCUCAGCAGUGAGAGGACACAGCUUCAAGAUUGUCAGGAGAAAGUAUUCUGUACCUUGCCCAAACGCCCUCUGGCAUAUUGAUGGCGAUCAUAAAUUGAUAGAACCGUACAGAAUUGUCAUUCAUGGUGGGACUGACGGGUAUUCCCGCCUUAUCGUAUAUUAAGGGCUUCAACAAAUAACAAGGCCAAUACUGUUCUUGAUCUUUUCCAAGAGGCUGUCAGCCUUUACAACCUACCGUCUCGUGUUCGUUCAGACCAAGGUUUGGAAAAUGUCGAGGUAGCACGGUUGAUGUUGCGUGAACGAGGCUUGAACAGAGGCAGCACAAUAACUGGUAAGUCGGUUCACAACCAACGAAUAGAACGUUUAUGGAGAGAAGUUAAUCGUACGGUGGUAAGCGAGUUUAAGAACAUAUUCAUGUACCUAGAAACAAGUGGAUUGUUUGAUCCACUGAACGAAAUUCAUCUAUUUUGUCUUCAAUAUGUGUACCUCCCAGAAGUUAAUAACUCCCUAGAGGAACUGACUAGAGUCUGGAAUUAUCAUGGCCUUACCACUGAAAGCAAUACGACGCCAAGGCAGUUGUGGUCUUGAACGGGAAUGCUGUGCAAUAGUCAGAGCGGUUACGGGGCAGUUGAAGAUGUACUUGAUGGUGUUCAGCCAGAUAUGAAUGACUAUGGAAUUGACGAGAGUGGUAACGUACCGGAACUUCAAACUUCCAACAAUGUGGUUGUUCCAGAAUCUCCUAUCGAAAGUACGGAAGAAAUUGAUGCUGACUUGCAACGAAUCCUCGAAACAACAACUGACGACGAGUACUGCAUUCAAAAAUACCUUUUAGUUCUUGAUUACAUGGAAUAUCAAAAUCGCGAAAAUGGACUUGGAAAUGAGAUUUAA